AGAAAUGACAGCAAAGAAGACGUAUUUGUUCAUCAAUCGGCUAUUGUGAAGAACAAUCCAAAAAAAGCCGUACGAAGUGUUGGGGACGGAGAAGUUGUCGAAUUUGACGUAGUGAUCGGUGAGAAAGGUCAUGAAGCUGCAAAUGUAACAGGACCUGAGGGCGAACCAGUCAAAGGUUCUCCUUACGCCGCCGACAAACGUCGUGGUUACCGUACGUGGUACAACAGACCCCGCGGGGGUGGCUCAAGACCUCAACGCCGACCAAGAGAAGGCCAGGAGGGUUACGAGUCAGGCCCACCAAACCAACAGCACGGUGAAAACGGCGGCGAAGGAGGCGGCGCAGCUCGCUACGACAAAGGCGAGCAAGGCGGCGAGGGCGGAAACGAAGGAGGUGGCCCACCUCGCAGCAGCGGACGUGGACGUGGAUCCGCACCACGUCGGUUCUACCGCCGCAAUUUCCGCGGAGGUAGAGGCGGCGGUGGCCCACCAAGACGGCCAAGAAGCCAAGACAAUCAAGUGAGUGGACAAGAUAAUGAUUUCGGUAGAAAUUCAAAUAGAUCUUUGCAUCCACACUUUAGACGACGUAUUACACGUAAUUCACGUUACGGCAAUCCUCAAUUUGCAAAUAAAGAAAAUAUCCAACCAUUUGUUGAUCCUAUUUCCUCUUCACACUCUAAGAUUCUUCCUGAAGCAGGUGAUAAUGCUAUUAAGGAGCCGAAAUCUCAGGUUUCAAUGAAGCUGCAUGAACAGGAUGUAUGUAAAAAACAAGAUACACCCGAUGUUACUUCUUCGCAGGUAAUUCUUCAUUUUCAUCUUCCUCGUUAA